CUGACACUUCAUCGGAAACUUUUGAAGAUGUAAGUCAUACAGUUUAACAAAUUGUAGCGCUCGAUCAUAAAUUAACGCAUAUAGUAGUGGAGUACGUUUUUUCUGCGGUAAUGAUGAUAAUAGUGCAACUAGUGUAAACACCUAACUAAAUCCAAAUUAACAAAACCAAAAAAAUUUUACUAAAAAAAUGCAAAAAAACAUAAUUAAAACUGAAAAACAAAAUUAUUUAAAAACCCCAAUAACAAAUUAUGUGUAUCUGUGAUUAUUGUGUACCUACUUUACAAAAAACCCAAAACAACGAUUUUAUUUCGAACGAAAAAGCCAACUGUUUUAGAUUUAGAAAUAUUAAAUAAGUUUAGAUUACAAAUUGAACUUGACACGUGAAGGUAAUUAUUAUUAGCUCAGCCAAUAACACGAAGCUGUAAAAAUAAAUUUUAAAGAGAAAAUGAAUUCUUCAGUAUCUUUCCUGUUGGUGAUGAUCUGUGCGGUGGUUUUGGCAGCCCAACAAGGCCAAGCAAAGAAAGGCUGCAACGCUUAUGGGCAUGCUUGUUACGGUGGACAUGGUAAACGCUCACUGGGCUCUUUAACAGAUGAGAUGCGUGUAAAUAAUGCAUUCAGAAACGAGAGAGAGGAAUUACAUCCAGACGAACUACUACAAGUGAUGCCCAAUGAAGCGACCGGACUAUUGCCAGAAGGGGAAAUUGAAACGUUUCCAAGAUAUCGACUCAUCAAAAUUAUGAAGUCAUUGUUGAGCGGACACCUGAAACGGCCUGUUGAGCAACCCAACGAAAUCGACUACCCCAUAUCAGCCGAGGCAUUUAGCCGGGACAACAGUAACGUCUUCAAUUAAGAUACCAAACAUAUUGAACCACCCCCCAAUAAACCAUCCAAAUUGUUAAAUAUAUCGAAACCAGUUAUGAAUGAAGAAAAAGAGUCUUACCUCGUCACGAUUGCCAUAUAAAAUACAAAUAAAAAAUAAUUUGCAUUUGGCUUAAAUAUAAGUAUCUAAAACAAAGCAUUCCACAUAAAUAUUUGUAUAAAUUUAUGUUCCAAAAAUUCAACCAAACAUUUAACCACUUUUUCGAAGGUAAUAUAAUAAUUUAAAUAAAGUUGUCAACAAAGAUAGCAAAUACUUGCAAGAAAAAGAUCAAUUAAAUAUCUUCAAAUCUAGUUUCUCUAUGAUAAGGGUCUAGAAGCGAGAUGUGUGCUUAUAUGAACACAUAUAUACAUACAUACAGUCAUCUUCAUCGAGGUCCAACUGAAAUUUUAAGGGCUGGAAAGUUUCAGUAUAAACCAUAUCAAAGACAUACACAUUUUAUUUAUAUACAUACAAGUAUGUAUGUAGUAUACACACAAACACCUACUAUUUACACGUAUUGUUUACAUUAAUUUCUAGUAAAAAGUCCAAAUGCUAUCUGUAACUAUUCGACGUGAAAUAAGUGUAUGUAUGUACUGAGAAGAUUAGAAUAUAAAAUGCUACAUACAUAUUUACAUUUAGAAUAAAGGGGUUGAAAUUGUAACAAAACUCUGCAAUCCUAUGUUCCAAAAAAAAAAAAUGAAGAAAAGCAAAGACUAUAUCAUUAUUUACUAAGUAUGAGUAUAUAUGUAAAUGUUAAUAAAUUAUUUUAAAGCUUGAAA